AUGAUCGAAGAGGAGGCGGCCACGAACACCCCGCGGACCGCCGCCGACCUCUUGCGUGGGGUCCGCGAGCAGGUCGCGGACAUCGACCCCGCUGCCGAGGCAAUUAAUACCUUGCUUCACCGCGUCAUGUGGCGCUACACCAAGGCCCACAUGCAGUCGACACGCGAGGACCUGUCCGAGGGGCAACUGGUCGGCGAGGACCGGCUUCACGAGGACUUCCUCGCGCAGGUGACUAUUGUUCACGUCUGGUCUGCCGUCUCACACUUCGGCGCUUGUGCCGGGGCAUCCUUCCGGAACUACGGUAUGCCACCCCACUCACGUUGUAAGAGAAAGUUCCAGCGGGCAGCAGGUCAAUGUAGAGACAUGAACAUCUAACUGAACUCCUCAGCAUGUACGAGCAUGUACGAAAGCUCCGAUUGCAUCGCAGGUAGUAUCCGUAGGAAGCAGCAGCACGGUACACGCACU